AUGAGGUUCUUCACCGCCACCAUGCUCGGCCUGCUUGUGCCCAGUUUGGUUUCCGCGUCAACUGAUCUUGAGGUUGAGGUGACUUCUUACGGCUUUCCUCCUGACCACAAAAUUCCACAGGUUUUCAAGAACACCAAUCUUGUUCGGAGUACAAAUUUGGAGAAGGGCUACGUUCGGGAGACUGUCAAUCUCGUCGUUGAGAACAUCGACAAAGAGCCGCAGAGCUCAUACUAUAUUCCCUUCCCGUCAGAAGUGUUCGGCCAUGUCGGAGGCUUUGAAGUCCGCGACAAAAAGGCACCAGAGAAAGGGCGAUUGAAGAUUUCUAAAGCUGAAAUCAUAUCAUCAAGCGGCCCCAAGUUCUUCGUCGUUGAGCUUCCUGAGCCCCUCGCUCCGAAAUCACAGAUCACCCUGGGUGUCUCCUACUCCAUCCUCUCAUCUCUCAGUCCUCGUCCCGCUACCAUUGAGCAGAAUGACAAGCAAUACCUUACCUACUCGUUCAACGCCUAUGUGCCAUCAGUUUACGAAACCGUCACGCAAAAGACCAAGUUGAAGCUCCCUAGCACCAACGUCCCCGAUUACACCACAACCUCCGGCCUCAAAUCUGGCGCUGACCCGGAGCGCAAGGGUGCCACAUACACGUAUGGUCCUUACGACACGGCCAAGGUGGCACCAGGUACCGAGUACCCGAUUACUGUGCGCUAUGAAUUCACAAAACCCGUGAUUACAGCCCACCUUCUCGAGCGCGACAUUGAAGUUUCUCACUGGGGCGGCAACUUGGCUACGGAGGAGCGGUACUGGCUGCGUAACAAUGGCUCUCAGCUGUCUAACCAAUUCUCCCGUGUCCAGUGGACUAUGGCAAACUACCAGAAGGCCCCUAGCUCGGCUCUGCGUGAGAUCAUUUAUCCUCUGCCUGCCGGUUCGGUAGACCCAUACUUCACCGAUGAUAUUGGCAACGUCUCAACCAGCCGCUACCGCCCGGGCAACGGCAAGUCCGCUGCGAACUUGGAACUGAAACCCCGCUACCCGAUCUUCGGUGGCUGGAAUUAUAGCUUCCGCGUCGGCUGGAACAACGAUUUGGCUCAGUUCCUGCGCAAAGCCGCUGGUACUGACUCGUGGGUUCUCAAGGUUCCAUUCCUUAACGGUCCCAAGAUGAACGAAGGAAUCCAAUACGAGCGUGUUGUUGUUCGUAUUGUUCUGCCAGAGGGUGCGCACAACCUUCGCUGGGAAUUUGUCGAGGGCGCUUCAGGCAACGGUCUCCCUUCAAAGAUCUUCGUUGAUGAGAGUAUCUCCACUUUCAAAACAUACAUGGAUACCAUUGGCCGGACUACAUUAACCCUGAAGGUUAAUCAGUUGACGGACGAGGCGCGCGAUGCCCAGAUUGUGGUGACCUAUGACCACUCCUUCAUUGAUGCUCUGCGCAAACCGCUCACCAUCUUUGGUGGUUUGCUUACUGUCUUUGUGGCUACAUGGUUCAUCGGCAACAUCGAUGUCAGCAUUAAAAAGCGGUAA